AUGAGGCUCCUUCAAUGUCGCCAGCACAGAUAUAUCUGGAAAACCUGGGGUUCGGCCGAGUGUACAGGCGGGUGGGAUAACCGUUUUUGGCGAAGCCAACCAUCGGCUAUGGGGGAUGCACGGGUCUGGUUUGCUCAGAUCGGGUUGUGCAUCCUCUUGAUUGGAUGUAUUGGCCGGGCACAGAGCCCGAAGUUCUUUACAGUACACCCCGAUUAA